AUGGGGAUCCAACCGAACCCAGUCCUGCUGGCCUCCCUGGGGGUGGGGCUGCUGUCUCUGCUCGGCCUGGCUCUGGGCUCCUACCUAUUUCGGAGGUCCCGCAGGCCGCCUAUCACUCUUCUGGAUCCCAACGAGAAGUACCUGCUGCGACUGAUAGAUAAGACGACAGUGAGCCACAACACCAAGAGGUUCCGCUUUGCCCUGCCCACCGCCCACCACAUUCUGGGGCUGCCUGUGGGCAAACAUGUCUACCUCUCUGCACGGAUCGAUGGCAGCCUGAUCAUCAGGCCGUACACUCCUGUCACCAGCGAUGAGGACCGAGGCUACGUGGAUCUUGUUAUCAAGGUUUACCUGAAGGGCGUACACCCCAAAUUUCCUGAGGGAGGGAGGAUGUCUCAGUACCUGGAUAGCCUGAAGAUUGGGGACAUGGUGGAGUUUCGGGGGCCAAGUGGGUUGCUCACUUACACUGGGAAAGGAAAUUUUAACAUUCAGCCCAACAAGAAAUCUCCACCAGAACUCCAAGUGGCACACAAACUGGGAAUGAUUGCCGGCGGAACAGGGAUCACACCGAUGCUGCAACUGAUCCGGGCCAUCCUGAAAGACCCUGAAGAUCCAACCCAGUGCUUUCUGCUUUUUGCCAACCAGACUGAAAAGGAUAUAAUCUUGCGGGAGGACUUGGAGGAACUACAGGCCCAAUAUCCCAGUCGCUUUAAACUCUGGUUCACUCUGGAUCAACCCCCAGAAGAUUGGGCCUACAGCAAGGGCUUUGUGACUGCCAACAUGAUCCGGGAGCACCUGCCUGCCCCAGGUGAUGAUGUGCUGAUGCUGCUCUGUGGGCCACCCCCGAUGGUCCAACUAGCCUGCCAUCCCAACUUGGACAAACUGGGCUACUCACAAAAGAUGCAGUUCACUUACUGAGCAUCCCUCAGCUUCCAUGGUCCCAUUCACUGCAAUUGUUCCUAGUCAGUACUCAGAUGCUGUGAGCCCUAGUUCCUUUUCUGA